GACUUGGCUCAGGGGUCCGUGGCAGAUACCUUUUUCUUCGACUUCAUCAGUUCGGAUGAUGCGGAUGUGAAUGCCAAGGAUAAGGGGCUUUCAUUGCGGGCUUUGCUCUGUCGGCGCGAUUCUUGUUCUAUGAGUCUGGUGGACUUGCUGAAGCUUCAGUGCUCACUUGGCAACGCAUGGAUGGACAAGAUUAAGUCAUUGCAGCCACAAGACGUGGACAAGUUUCUGCGUUCAAUUCCUGGCAAGCUGUGGAAUCCAGAGCUUGCGAGGAAAUGUGCAGAACAUCCCACUAGCGAUGCCCUUCACGAAGACUACAAAGUGCUGAGUCCCAGGGUCGUCAUUGACCUUCACAAGUUCCUGAGCUGUGCCAAAGUUUUGGAUGAGAAGGAACCAUUUGGCAUUGAGCUGGUCAGGAGCCUGAAGACCAUUGCGGCUCUGGCAAGUGCCACUUCACCUCGUGUGAACUUGAUGUUUCGGAGCAAUCCGAGCCUUUGGCAACAGGCCUUGACAGCUUCUCAGAAUUCCAUCUCUGAGGAGAAUGCUCUUGCAGAGUGCGACACAAUGGUUUCAGACUUGACAGUGCUGGGUGAGCUGCUCCAGCAGUUUGCGAAGGACAAGAACACUCCGGCCCUGGAGCAGGCAGAAACUCAGAUCCAGAAAUGCCAGCGAGCAUUGGACCUGGUGAGCAUUUGCAAGACUUCGACGCAUGAACUUGCUCCUGGGAAGGUUGAGUCUUUGACGCGAGCAGUGACACUACUUCAAGAGACAGUCAAUGGCACGUUGCGUGCAUCUGACAAGUUCAGGUCCUUCGUGGAAUCACUUUGGGCUGCGGCUGACGACCUCACAGUGCCUGAUGCUACAGUGGCAUUCAGCAGUGGGGACCAGGAGGUUGAGAUGAAUGUGAGAUGCGACAACAGCUUUCUGCAGGAAACAGCGCAGGCCCUCUAUGACUACAUUCUUGCUUGUCCCAAUGCCGAGUCUUUGGCUUUGCGUGCGUGCUGUGACUUUGCAUCAAAACUUGAGAAGUUGGCUGCCAGGAUCACUGCAAAGGAAGUGGCCCAGGAUGGUUGGGCUCAUGCAUUUUUGACAGCCGUGAAGCGCUUCAACACCAAUUUGGAGGCGCUUGCUUCCAAGUGGAUUGCAGCUGUUUUGCAGGAGAAAGGUGCCGAUGCCGCUUGGGGCUAUGUCAAUGGCUGCCUCCCGAAUCUUCCCAAGUACUUGAAGUCUCACCAGUCCAUCUUGAUGCAAGCUUCGUUUCUGGAAGGGCUCACUCAACCGAAGGCCACAGAUGACCUGAGUGAGUUGUCAAAGCAGUUGAAGGCUUAUGUCACCAUCAAGACAUCCAUUCAGCACAAGGCCUUGAGUCAGCUCUUCCCUGAGCGCUUGGAGAAGGUGGUGGAGUUUGAGGACCACACGUCCAAGAACAUCAUCACAUUCUUGCAGAGGUUCCGGAAGUCCGAGACCAACAAAGCCAAGGUCCACAUUGACCAGCACAGGCCAGUGCUUGCUGCUAUUGAGAUGUGGCAGCUGGAUGAGCAUAAGUGGAUGUUCCAGGAGGAGAACAAGGAUGCCCAAGCGCUGAUUGAACUGCUCAUGGACUUCAUGGAGAGGACGUUGCCCCACUGCACAUUCUUGAGAAACUCUAUGGCUUUGAAGACACCUUCCUUGAAGUCCGAUCCUGUGAUGUUGGAGCUGUCUCAGACACAGUCAGAUUUGGAGGCUGGCGUGGCCAAGAACCAGAUUGCCUUCAUUGGUUGCACCCAGACAGUGGUCGAGUAUGAGAGCGCACCACCGGAGGAGCAAUUGAAAGCGGCCAGGGAGUCAGCCGGCUUCAUCAGCAAGAGCCUUGGGAUGUCUGUGAAGGACUUGCCCGAUCAGCUGAGGACAAGGUUCGAGUUGUUGGGAAAGAAGCUGCCUUCUCAACCAGAACCAAAGCGGAGGACAGCUAAGCGGACACCACCGGCUGCUGGUGCCGGCGCCAAGGCCGAACCCAAGGUCAAG